GUGUGUUCUCAACCCACCAUGGUGAUUUUCAAUAACACUACAUCAUCUUCCUCAAACUUCCUACUCACUGCAUUUCCUGGUUUGGAACUUGCACAUGUCUGGAUCUCUAUUCCUGUCUGCUGUCUCUAUGCCAUUGCCCUCUUGGGAAACAGCACGAUUCUGUUUGUCAUCAUUGUUGAGAGGAGUCUUCACAAGCCCAUGUACUAUUUCCUCGCCAUGCUGUCAGCUGUUGAUCUAUGUCUGACCAUCUCAACCCUUCCCACUGUUCUUGGGGUUCUCUGGUUUCAUGCCCGGGAGAUUAGCUUGAAAGCUUGCCUCAUUCAAAUGUUCUUUGUACAUGGCUUCUCCUUCCUGGAGUCUUCAGUGCUGGUAGCCAUGGCCUUUGACCGCUUCAUGGCUAUCUGUAACCCGCUGAAGUAUGCUAUUGUCUUCACAGACAUGAUAAUCUUGGUGAUUGGACUGGUCAUCUGCAUACGGCAAGUAAUUUUAAUCUUUCCCAUGAUUCUAGCCUUGACGAGAGUAUCUUUUCACAGAGGCCAAGAGCUUUCCCACCCAUUUUGCUAUCAUCCAGAUAUGAUUAAAUACACAUAUUCCAACCCCUGGAUCAGCAAUUUUUUGGGCAUGUUUCUUCAGCUCUACCUGACUGGCACUGACUUACUGUUCAUUCUUUUCUCCUACGUUCUGAUUCUCCGAACCGUCUUGAGUAUCGUGGCCCCUAAGAAACAACAAAAAGCUCUCAGCACUUGUGUCUGUCACAUCUGUGCUGUCACUGUUUUCUAUGUGCCAAUGAUCAGCCUGUCCUUUACACACCGCCUUUUCAGCUCCACCCCAAAAGUGGUCUGUAGCAUUUUGGCCAAUGUUUAUUUGUUCUUACCACCUGUACUGAACCCUGUCAUUUACAGCUUGAAGACCAGGACCAUCCGCCAGGCUAUGUUCCAACUGCUCCACUUUAAGGGUUCACAGGGCCCCAGUGUGAGGAGUCAUAGAGGACCCUGGGGUUGA